AUAGUCACGUGGAAAGAAUACAUUUAAAAGGCACGAAGGCCACAAGUAUCCUGAUAGUUCAAAGGCCGUCUGGACCGUGCUUUCCGCAGCCGCCUCCAUUUCUCAAUCAAUAGGAGAAAAAACAAAGAAUAGAGGAUUUUCUCAACCUUAACUCUGUUUAGUGUAACCCUCUUUUUCUAUCAUGGCUUCCUCUGCCAUUACUUCUCCCUCUUCAUCUUUUAUCACCAAGAAGAAGGAUCUGGGUCUCUCUGCUUUCUCUUCACAGUCAUCGCCAUUUUAUUCUAUUCCCAAAUGCAAGAAAUCAAUUUCCAAGAAAAUUGUAUCAGUUAUGGCUCCGCAGCAGUCAGAACGCACGCCUGCCACUACUGGCUCUGUGAAGACUGCAAUGACAAUGACAGAGAAAAUCUUGGCUAGGGCCUCCGAGAAAUCCCAGUUGAGCCCUGGUGAGAAUGUUUGGGUUAACGUUGAUGUUUUGAUGACUCAUGAUGUUUGUGGCCCUGGUUCCAUUGGGAUCUUCAAGAGAGAGUUCGGACAGAAUGCCACGGUUUGGGACCGCGAGAAAAUUGUCAUUAUACCGGAUCAUUACAUAUUCACUACUGAUGAACGUGCAAACCGUAAUGUGGAUAUCUUGAGGGAUUUCUGCCAGGAGCAAAACGUUAAGUAUUUCUAUGAUAUCAAGGAUCUUAGUAACUUUAAGGUUAACCCUGAUUAUAAAGGUGUAUGCCACGUUGCACUUGCCCAAGAAGGCCAUUGUAGGCCAGGAGAGGUCCUAUUAGGUACAGACUCCCACACCUGCACUGCUGGAGCAUUUGGGCAAUUUGCUACUGGAAUUGGCAAUACUGAUGCAGGUUUUGUAUUAGGCACUGGGAAGCUCCUCCUUAAGGUGCCCCCAACUCUGAGAUUUGUAAUGGAUGGUGAAAUGCCUGAUUAUUUGCUAGCCAAGGAUUUGAUUUUGCAAAUUAUCGGUGAAAUAUCUGUGUCUGGUGCAACAUAUAAAUCAAUGGAGUUCGUAGGCACAACUGUCGAGAGUUUAAAUAUGGAAGAACGGAUGACACUAUGUAAUAUGGUUGUUGAAGCUGGGGGGAAGAAUGGGGUCAUCCCCAGUGAUAGCACUACAUUCAAGUACCUUGAGGAUAAGACAUCUGUUCCCUUUGAACCAGUUUAUAGUGAUGAGAAAGCAAGGUUUCUUUCCGAGUAUAGAUUUGAUGUCUCAAAAUUGGAACCAUUGGUCGCAAAGCCUCAUUCUCCUGAUAACCGUGCUUUAGCAAGAGAAUGCAAAGAUGUCAAAAUUGACAGAGUAUACAUUGGAUCUUGCACUGGUGGGAAAACAGAGGAUUUUAUGGCAGCAGCCAAAGUUUUUUUAGCUUCAGGUAAAAAGGUCAAGGUUCCAACGUUUCUUGUCCCUGCUACCCAAAAGGUUUGGAUGGACGUCUAUAGUCUCCCUGUACCAGGAUCUGGUGGAAAAACUUGCUCUCAGAUUUUUGAAGAAGCUGGUUGUGACACGCCUGCAAGUCCUAGUUGUGGUGCUUGUUUGGGAGGCCCUAAAGAUACCUAUGCACGAAUGAACGAACCAAUGGUCUGUGUUUCAACGACAAACAGAAACUUCCCUGGUCGGAUGGGACACAAAGAAGGCCAGAUUUAUCUUGCUUCGCCCUAUACAGCAGCUGCAUCAGCUUUGACUGGUUAUGUUACUGAUCCAAGAGAGUUCUUGCAAUAGGCUAUUGCUGUUUUAUUGACACACUACACUUCUUGCAACAACUUAAAUGGUGGAGCCAGAGUAGAUAUCUGAGUAUUUUACUGAGUUGGACAGUUUCCAAAAUCGAGUCCCAAAGUAGAUAUCUGGGUCUGUCUAAGAUUGUUAGGUUGGUAUUGCGUUUGUGCUGAGUCAAUGUAAUACUGUUUUCGUUUCGAGGCAUAUGAUAUAUGCAGUAUAAUGCGUGUACAAUAAAUGGCAGAAGACAUUACCAA